AAAAGUUUGUUUUCUACCCAACAGAUGGAGUGACUGUCGAUUCCAAUUUUCUGAUCAUUUGUUUACCUUUUUAAAUUGUUUGUUGACUAAUUUUCCCUGAAAUGAAUUGUUUAACUUUCUGUUUAAUUGUUUUCUCCAGUUCUGUGAUAGUCCAUUGUAAUGGUGAUUCUACUGAUGAGGUGAAUAAAUUUCUCAAUGGAAAAUCUCAUUCCAAUAAUUGGGCUGUUCUUGUUUGCUCUUCAAGGUAUUGGUUUAAUUACCGACAUGUUGCCAACGUUUUAUCAAUUUAUCGGAGUGUUAAAAGACUCGGAAUUCCUGACAGUCGGAUAAUUUUAAUGUUGGCCGAUGAUAUGGCCUGUAAUCCACGUAAUACACGACCAGGAACCGUAUUCAACAACGCACAAUAUCAACUAAAUGUCUACGGUGAUGAUGUUGAGGUUGAUUAUAGAGGAUAUGAAGUGACGGUGAAAAAUUUCAUCCGAUUGUUGACCGGCCGGGUGGAAGAGGGAACACCCCGAUCGAAGCAAUUGUUAACCGAUGAAUCAAGUAACAUCCUCAUCUAUCUAACUGGACAUGGAGGUGAUGGUUUCCUUAAAUUCCAAGAUUCCGAAGAGAUAACUAGUGUUGAAUUGGCCGAUGCGUUUGAACAAAUGUGGCAGAAACAGCGGUACAAUGAGAUCCUUUUGAUCACCGAAACUUGUCAAGCUGAAUCAAUGGCUCAGCAAAUUUAUUCACCAAACAUCAUGGGUAUCGGAAGUUCAAAGAUCGGUGAAGAUUCACUUUCCCAUCACGGCGAUCCAACGAUUGGUGUUUAUGUCAUCGAUCGAUACACUUACUUUGCUCUCGAAUUUUUGGAAACCGUUCAUAGUAAUAGCUCUAAAUCGCUCUCAUCGUUUCUCGAAGUUUGUCCCAAGAACAAGUGCCGAUCAACGGUCACCGUUCGCAAAGAUCUUUUCGCUCGAGAUGCAACCAAAGUUCCGUUGACCGAUUUCUUCGGGAGUGUCCCAAAGGUCAGAUUAAUGGAAACACCGUCGGAAGAUAAUUUAGUUACAUGGGAAUCGUAAUCAUAUUGAUCGCAGCUUAAUUUCAUCUUUUUCUCAAUUCAUGUUUCGAUAUAUAAAUUUUUUCAACAUUGGACCAAAAAGAUUGGCUUUCAUUUGCUUAAUUGUGAGAAUGUGUUUUUGUGAAGGGAAUGAAAGAUUUAACAAUUUAGAAUUGUAUUAAUUAUUGUUGUUACUUUUGUUAACAAGCUG